AUGGAAGAUGAAGAUGAAUCUACAGUGUUCCCUGGAAAGACUAACGGAUAUGUAGUGGAGCAGGUGAAAUUCAAGUUCCACGGAGUCGUGCUUACUGGUGAUGGAAAAUUUGAGGAAGAGAUCGACCGGCGGCCAGGAGUAGCUAGUGGCGUUCUGGAUAAACUAUACCGAACCACUGUGACUACAAAUGAGCUGAGUCUGAAGCCCAUGCUCGCGGGCUUAAUGGCAGAUCCUUUGAAUCUUUUGAAAGACUAUAUCAUUUCUGCAAAACCUGUCAAAGAGAAAGACGACUACAUCAUAUUCGGUGAUACAGCAUUUCCAAAAUCGGCUAAGACCAGCUACCGCGUUUAUAACAAAAGAGAUGAAUAUUACACGCUGGAAAGCUUAUACUACUUUUAUAAGAAACGGGCCUUGGCACACACAGCCUACGUCAGAGAGGCGGCGGCCAAAAACAUUCAGGUCGUUACCCGGCCGGACAGGAAAUUGCUGGAAGAUUAUCUGACGAAAGAUAAGUUGGAACGAUUUCCUGUAAACAUCGAUCUUAGCGCUCCUAUUCCUCAGUCCAUACCAGUCAGUCGCUUACAGAACGAGCUCGAAAACCAAGCGGAGUCAAAACGGAUGCGAUAUGACGAGGAAGAGCAAGUGCGGAAGGAAAAGGAAAGGAUUUUGGCGAUUCUGGAAAGAAGUUCCGGACUGUCGGUUGCGAAGUCUGAAGGAGUCGGGUGA